AAGGCCACGACCAAUGUCAGUCGAAAGAAGUGCGCGUGAGCAUCUGACGCUUUACUAGUUAUUAAAAUUAUUUAUAAGUUUUUUUCCGAAAUGGCUUCAGCCUUAAUCAAGUUCAGUGCCUUGUUGAUGCUGAUCAGCGCCUGCGCAGCUGAUGUCGGUGAAGUACUAGCCCAGAGCCCAGUAACAGAAGUAUGCCUUGGCUGCAUAUGCCAAGCGGUGUCGGGUUGCAAGCAAGGCACACAGUGUGAUGGAGACGCGUGUGGGCUGUUCCGCAUAACAUGGGCGUACUGGGCUGAUGCUGGGAAACCAGUUCUGCCUGGACGCACCAUUGACUCUCCUGAUGCUUACGCCAGCUGUGCCAACGAUCCUCAGUGUGCUGCUCUCACCGUCCAGGGCUACAUGAGGCGCUUCGGACAGGACUGCAACAACGACGGUGUGGUUAACUGCUACGAUUACAUGGCAAUCCACAAACUGGGAGGCUACGGAUGCAAGGGAGAUCUUCCCUUCCAAUAUGUCAACGUAUUCCAGCAAUGUAUUGCAGCGGUUGCAGCUCACCAAGGAUAAAUAUUGCCAUAUCAAAAAAUCGUACAAGACGAACAGCUGUAGUCUAUAGUCAUAGUCAUGUCAAUAAAAAAAAGAAAGAACAAAAUUGGCGCCAAAAAUAAUGUGUCAAAUUAAAUGAUGAAAAAAUGAAUGUAGAGAUUAUAUUGUACUGUUGCGAUACGAGUCUGUAAAUUUAAGAAAUGUAUUUGUAAUUAGUUAUUAAGAAAAUGAUUUUAAAUAAAUUAAAAUACGUAAAAUUUUGUAGACACCUAUUUAUUCAAGGUUUUUAAGUACUUAAUUGCGAUACAUUUUAAUUAUUGUGUUUAUAUACGUGCAAAAUAUUAUCGACAAACGAAUAAACGUCUAAAAGAAUAACCAUGUUUUAUUCCAGUACAAUAUAUUUAUUAUUUUAUCCCUUUUUACAUUAAUCAAUAAUAAUAGCACCUUAUUAUUUUAAGUACUUGUACAAAAGCUAUUUUAAAGUGGUAGAGGUUAACGACGAAGUUAAUAAAUGUGUAUUAUCUUUA